CUUCUUUUUUUUUUUUCAAUUUUUGUUAGCCUUUUUCAUCCUCUGUUUCUUACUUCUCCUUGGGGUUCUUUGUCUUUUAUAAAUUCUUUUUUUUCUGAUUAUGUUCCGUCUCUUUCUCACUUCACCUACUUCUACUUCAUCUUCUUCAUUUUAAUCUUCUGGUUAGAAAAAGUAAUAGUAGUUUAGUUCUAUUCCGUUUUGGUUUGAAUCUGUUUAUACAAUUUUUUUUUUUGGUUGUCCAUUUGAUUUAUAAAAACCCAAAAAGGCAGAGCAGAUUACAACAACAUAUUCAAGAAGCCCCAACAUGAUAAAUAAGACCUAAUUAACCCCAUUACAAUCCACCUAAUACUACACGUGUAAACUUGUCAUGAAAUUCCAAAACACGUGUGAGGCAGAAAGAUGAAUGUGUUGCAGCGCCGCUUAUCCAUCACUGGAAAAAAUUCUUCACCGAUGCAUCCACCGUUGACCACCGCGACGCCGUACCAGACCACUGCUCUUUAAUCUUUUUUAAUUCCUCCGAUUUGAUCCGGUGUACAUCUGAGGGGCGAUUUCAUUGCCGCAGCUGGUUCCCUCCUCAUUGCCGGAUUUCUCGUUGGUAGCCGGCACUAAAUGGUUAGAAUCGGAAGUGGGGAAGAUUAAUCUUCCGGAUGAGAGUGAACUAGGGUUCGGAUUAGAGCGGUGGCGGUGAACGGCUCAAUCUCGGCGGUGGCGUUUUUCUUUUCAGAUGACAUCGGCUUUAUCGAUUGAAGAUGUUCGUCGAGAAGUGAAACUGUUGGAAGCUUUGUCUGGGCAUAGGCAUAUGGUAAAGUUCUACGAUGUAUACGAGGACGCUGAUAAUGUCUUUGUUGUUAUGGAGUUAUGCGAAGGUGGAGAGCUAUUGGACAGGAUUUUGGCGAGAGGUGGUCGAUACCCUGAAGUCGAUGCCAAACGUUCUUGUACAGAUUCUGUCUGCAACAGCAUUUUUUCACCUUCAAGGUGUUGUGCACCGUGAUCUGAAGCCGGAGAAUUUUCUCUUUACCAGCAGAAAUGAGGAUGCAAUACUCAAGGUCAUUGAUUUUGGCUUGUCUGAUUUCAUUAGAUACGAUCAGCGUCUCAAUGAUGUUGUAGGAAGUGCGUACUAUGUUGCACCGGAAGUACUCCAUAGGUCUUAUAGCACUGAAGCAGAUAUGUGGAGCAUCGGCGUCUUAUGGCAUGAGCACUUACGUGCACUAUUUUUUUGGGUCUAUUUAACUUAAUCCUUUGUCUAUUCUGGUUUUUCUUGUUAUAGUCAUUAAGCAGAAUAUCAAUAUGAAAAAUUGUAAAACAUAUGCAUCAUGUAAUGCAAAUUGAUGUUAAUAUAUGAAGAUCU